GAGAGUGAGAGCAGACGAGGGAGGGAGCGGGGAGAGGAAAGAGGAGGGAGCAGUCUGGCAGCCAGCUGAUUGCUGGUCUGGCAUUCAGAGUUGGAGCGGAGGAUAGAGAGAGGCAGAGAGAAACCGAGAGAGGCAGAGGAAGAAGAGAAGAGGCUACUGAUGCUACAUUAAUCUGUAAUCUGACAGAGAGUCAGAAACCAACAGCGUCAUCACAGAACUGUCAGCCUCUGUCAGUUUGUUCCGGAAAUCAACAAUGUAAAAGAGCAGGCUGGGAAACUAGAGCAAGAGGAGGAAGUGAAGAGAGAAACGAGAGAUGCCAUAAAACCAACAUCCUCUCAAAGAGAAAGAACACACACAACAGCUCAAAGAGAGAGCUAGACAGAAGGAGAAGAGAGAGAGGUAAACAUACUCUGUGGUGAGUCACUCCUCCUCCCCCUCUGCUUUCCUUUCAGCUCCUCUCCUCUGGUGUGUUGAUGCUGAUGCACAGAGGAGCAGCAGAACUAAGAAAAGAGUCCGAUCCAGAACACUAGCUGAAGACGAGAACUGGACUUUGUGUGGGAGUAGCAGGACUGACAAUGGAACUGUAGAACCAUCAGGUUACCAGAACUAGAACCAGGAGUAUCAUCAGAGCCAGAGCGGUGGAACCGUACCCAAAGGGUUGUGUACUGUAUAAAGGAGUGGUAGUGGACCUGGUGUGUCUCAAUAAAGAUGUCCUGGGGGUCUCUGCUGUCUCCGGUCCAGUGGGCCAAAUGGACCUGGUCAGCUGUACGGGGAGGAGGGGAGGAGGACGACGGAGGGCCCAGAACCAAGGAUGAAGGGGGAAAUUCAGAUUCAGAAGGGAACUUUGAGACACCAAUGGCGGAGUCUCCAGGUCUGCAGAAUGACCUGACCCAGCUGGAUAACUCUGCCGACAAAGCCCUCACCAGAGAUGACGGACAGCUGACGCCCCGUGCCUUCCUGGACAGGAACUCCAAUCAGGAUGUUUAUCCCGCCUCCCUCCAGGAAGUCCAGGAUGCCCUGAACAACCUCAAUAGCCCCUCCCCCUCCCAGAGCAGAGCAGGUUUGGACCAGAACCUGAACCUGAUGUUUACCUCCAGACCUGGAGAAGAUGGUCUCUCCCCGUCCCCUCUGCAUCAGCACCGCGCCCUACGUCCCCCCUCGCUCCCCGUCCACAACCCCCCCGUCCCCGCUGAUUUUGAGGAUCUCGCUCCUAUGACCUCUGACCCCAAUGGCAACAUCAACUCUCACCCCAACAGCCUGACUCCUGAAAUGGACAGACCAGAGGACUCAGACAGACAGUCACCUAGGAAGAGCACAGGCAUCACGAACUCCUGUAAAGUGAAGAAGCUGGACAACCAGACUCCAUUACAGAACACCUGCAGACAGGAGAUUGACCACGGCGAGGGCCACGCCACAGAUGAGGAGAAGCUAGCCAGCACAGCAGGAGUCAGAGCAGACAGAGAUCACAAUGAGACAGAACUGGGUGUGUCAGACAGAUCAGAGGAGUCAGACUGCUGUUCUAUGUAUGAGGACACCUGCCAGCUGAAGAACGCCAAGCUGGGAGGAAGUGACACGGAGAAGAAGACAGGAAGUGAGGUUCUAGACUCAAUUUGCAUCAGCGAGGCAGAGAAGAUGACUGUUCUCACCCUCAUCAGAGGGGAGAUCAUCACUAAGGAGAUGGAGGCCAAUGACUGGAGGAGGAAGUAUGAGGACAGCAGACAGGAAGUCAUGGAGAUGAGAAAGAUAGUGGCAGAGUAUGAGAAGACCAUCGCCCAGAUGAUUGAGGACGAACAGCGCAACACCAUGAGCUCCCAGAAGUCUUUGCAGGCUGUAAGCAUGGAGAAGGAGUCGGCACUAACAGACCUGAACUCAGUAGAGCGCUCGCUGUCCGAUAUGUUCCGCCGCUACGAGAACAUGAAGAGCACCCUGGACGGCUUUAAGAAGAAUGAGGAGGUGUUGAAGAAGUGUGCUCAGGAGUAUCUGGCCAGAGUCAAGCAGGAGGAGCAGAGAUACCAGACACUCAAACUCCACGCCGAGGAGAAACUAGACAAGGCUAAUGAGGACAUAGCCCAGGUACGCAGCAAGGCCAGCUCUGAGAGUGUUGCUCUGACCGCCAGCCUGAGGAAGGAGCAGAUGAGGGUAGAGUCUCUGGAGAAAGCUCUGCAGCAAAAGACCGAGGAGAUCGAGGAGCUCACCAAGAUCUGUGAUGAGCUCAUAGCAAAGAUGGGCAGAACAGACUGAGAGAGAUUCCAUACUUCCGAAUCAACCAAUCUUGACCCUCCAAACCAACCCUGCCUACAACAUAUAGUGUACUCCUGUGCAUGCCUCCAGCCAAUGAGCAGCUAGCUCUAUUUCCCCACAGGGCGCCUGCACCUAGUGCUGCUGUACUGGUCAAAUGUCAUACGAUAACCCAUUUCUCUUAGUCAACAUUAGUGCAGUAUUUGGAGAAUAGGGUGUAAUUUGAGCCUGUGUUAUGUACAUGUGGACUCACCUUUUUGGCUUGGUCAUUAUUUACCACGCAAGACCCCACACCCGUUUGUCUUUCUGUACUGUAACAUAAACACUAUAUAAUGUGCUGUCUUGGCAUUGCA